CCCACCACCUUCCUAAAAAGUCCCCCCACUCCCCAGUCCCCACUAGUUACAAGUAGGGUAUUAUUGUCUUAAAUAUUCAUCUUUCUUUUUAUUUUUAUUUUCCCCUUUGAUCUACAAAUUAAAAGAUUUUAUAGCUACAUACAAAUUAAAUUUCUUCUCCAUGUUGGAUAAUUCUUCCUCUUCUGAAGCUCUAAUUAAUUCUGGGGAUUCUAAUAGAAGGAAAAGAAGACCAGCUGGUACACCAGAUCCAGAUGCAGAAGUGGUCUCACUUUCCCCAAAAACACUUUUGGAAUCAGAUAGAUACAUAUGUGAGAUUUGCAACCAAGGUUUUCAAAGGGAUCAAAACUUACAAAUGCAUAGGAGAAGGCACAAAGUGCCAUGGAAAUUAGUGAAGAGAGAAAAUCCACAAGUUAAAAAAAGAGUAUUUGUUUGUCCUGAGCCAAGUUGUUUGCACCAUGAUCCUUGUCAUGCACUUGGUGAUCUUGUUGGGAUAAAGAAACAUUUCAGAAGGAAACAUAGUAAUAAUAAGCAAUGGAUUUGUGAGAAAUGUGGUAAAGGUUAUGCUGUUCAAUCUGAUUACAAAGCACAUCUCAAGACUUGUGGUACUAGAGGACAUUCUUGCGAUUGUGGUCGCGUUUUUUCCAGAGUGGAAAGUUUUAUUGAGCAUCAAGACACUUGCACUAUAAGGAGAAUUAGGCCAAAUUUGCAAACAUUGCAACCAACAGCUGCUUGUUCUUCAAGUACUAGCCCAUCAAGUGACACAAAUUUACCAAAAUUGACCAUAAUGCCCUUGCCAAAUGGUACAAAUUCUGACCAUAAUUUAGAACUUGGCCUAAGAAGUACUAGUGAUCAUCAUGAAAAUAUUAUUAUUCAAGAACCACAUUUGAAAUUAUCAAUUGGAUCAUCACCAUCACCAAAAAUUGGACAUGGGGAAAAUCAUGAGGUACUUAAUUUGGCUAUGGCUGAAAAGGCGUAUGCUGAGGAAGCACGUAGGAACGCGAAGAGGGAGAUGGAAUUCGCAGAGAUGGAAUUUGCGAAUGCAAAGAGAAUUAGACAACAAGCACAAGGUGAAAUUGAAAGAGCAAAAAAAUUGAAAGAGGAAGCUAUUAAGAGAAUAAGUUCAUCAAUUUUGGAAAUUACUUGUUAUGCUUGCAAAAAUAAGUUUCAACAAAAUGCACCAAUUGAUAAUAAUGUUGAGUCUUCUCCACCUAUGAGUUACAUGUCUUCAGCAACAACAGAUGUUGAAGGAGAGCAAUGACCAAAAAAAUAAUAAUUUAAUGUAAUGUGUUUGGUUAUUUGUGUUCAUUGUAUUUUGUCAAUGUAGGGUUUUUAAUUAUUUUUGUUCUUUUAUUUAGAAAUAGGAUUACUAGUAUGUGUUUACUUUGAAUAAGACUCAUCAUUGUUAAUCAUUCCAACAAUUAUGUUUUGGCAAUAAGGGGUUGAUAUUAGUAAGAA